UCAUUUCAGACAGUUGCCCUAUGGGAUUUACGAAAUUUAAAGCUGAAAUUGCAUUCGUUUGAAUCUCACAAGGACGAAAUUUUCCAAGUGCAAUGGUCGCCACACAAUGAAACAAUUCUUGCCUCAUCAGGCACUGAUCGACGGCUGCAUGUUUGGGAUUUGAGUAAAAUUGGUGAGGAGCAAUCACCGGAAGAUGCUGAAGAUGGCCCAGCCGAACUCCUCUUCAUUCAUGGCGGGCAUACUGCAAAGAUAUCGGACUUCUCGUGGAAUCCAAACGAACCAUGGGUUGUGUGCUCGGUAUCGGAGGAUAAUAUCAUGCAAAUUUGGCAAAUGGCUGACAACAUUUACAACGAAGAAGAUUCGGAUGUGCCUGCUGACCAGUUAGAACGUUGA